AUGGGGUCCAAACUUCUUCCCCAACACCGUGAAAUGAUUUUACCGAAAUACUGAGAUUUAUUCGCUUUGGUAAAAAGAAAAAGUGACCAAGUCCAACGUUUACAAAGUGAUAAAUUUGCUUCGAUAUCAGCUGUGUGGGAUAUGUUUGUUCAAAAUAGUCAGAGUUGCUACAAACUAGGUGCAAAUAUUACGAUUGACGAACAACUCUUUCCAUCUAAAGCCAGGUGCAGAUUUAUUCGAUAUUCGCCGAAUAAACCCGACAAAUCUGGUACUAACUGUACUACGUAACGUGGGAUUUCCUUUGCAAGAAAGUAACGAAUCAAUGAAUAUAAAAAUAUUCUAUUAUUACGUAUUUUUUAAAGACCGACCAACAGAGCUGGCGCUCAAAGCUACGCGGCAGAAGUUGCGA